AUAUAUAGGGUCGAAUUGAAGCCACACUCGAGCUGGCAGGUUAGUCCAGAGCGUGCAGCAAAGCGAGGCAGUUAGUUCGAAGAGACAACCACCAAAACAAAAUGAUACAAGUUAUGAAUUGGCUGUCAAUGGCCAUUGGGCUCAUACCACUGAAUCGACAGCAAUUACAGUCGAACUUUAUGCUGGACUAUGUCAUGAUGUUGAUCAUGCCCUGUUUGUAUCUGGCCUCCUAUUUGGGCAUCAAUCUGUAUCACAGAUUCGGGCUGCCAUUUCUGGAUGACUGCAACAGUGUCUGCCGGCUGAGCAACAAUCUCUUCAUGCAUCUCGGCGCCUUUCUCUAUCUGACCGUCAUAUUGCUGAGUCUGUAUCGCCGCAAGCAGUUCUUUGUGGACUUUGAGACGCGCCUCGCGGAGAUCGAUGUCAUCAUUCAGAAGUGCCGUCGGGUCGCCGAACUGGAUAAAAUGCGCUCCCAGGCGGUUAAACACAGCGUUGCCUAUCAUUUCACCUGGCUAUUUGUGUUCAGCGUUUUUAUCUUUGCCCUCUACUACGAUUCCAGGGAAUUGUAUCUCACCUUCGGCGAAUAUGCGAUAAUACCAUUUAUGGUGUCGAGCUUUCCAUAUCUGGCUGGCAGCAUUAUUCAAGGGGAAUUCAUCUAUCAUGUGUCUGUCAUUUCGAAUCGCUUUGAGCAAAUAAAUAAGCUGUUCGAGAAGAUUAACCAGGAGGCGCGUCAUCGUCAUGCUCCGCUCACCGUCUUCGACAUUGAGAGCGAGGGCAAGAAGCAGGAGCGGAAGCCAACGCCAACGGAGAAGGCAGCCGCAACCAAAGCCAUAUUCAGCAAUGAGCUCAAACUGGCGGAUGAAUUGAAGAGCCAAAAGGCGCAGCCUCCAAAACAGGACGACGAGGAUGAACUGAAUACCAGCGAUGAGGAGGACGAUGAUAUUUUUGAUUACAACGACGGCAUGAUGGGCGAGAAUACCGACACAUCGGAGGCCAAUUUGCCGGAUCUGUUCAAGCUGCACGACAAAAUACUCGCAUUGAGCGUGAUAACCAAUGGCGAAUUCGGACCACAGUGUGUACCCUAUAUGGCGGCCUGUUUUGUGGUCAGCAUAUUCGGCAUAUUCCUCGAGACGAAGGUCAACUUUAUAGUCAGCGGCAAGAGCCGCCUGCUGGACUAUGUAACCUAUUUGUAUGUGAUCUGGAGCUUUACCACCAUGGUCGUGGCCUACAUUGUGCUGCGGCUGUGCUGCAAUGCCAACAAUCAUUCAAAGCAAUCGGCCAUGAUUGUGCACGAGAUUAUGCAAAAGAAGCCCGCCUUUAUGUUGAGCAAUGAUCUGUUUUACAACAAAAUGAAGUCAUUUACAUUGCAAUUCCUGCACUGGGAGGGCUACUUUCAGUUCAAUGGCAUCGGACUCUUUGCACUGGACUACACGUUUAUAUUCUCUACUGUGAGCGCGGCUACAUCGUAUUUGAUUGUCCUGCUGCAGUUUGACAUGACGGCCAUAUUGCGCAACGAGGGCCUGAUGUCCUAAGCCAAGCUCAAAUUCAAUUAAAUGCAAUCGUGUUUUUUGUAUAUUUUUCCCUUUUCCACAAAUUUUCACAUUUUUGCAACAUUUUUAUCAGCACUAGGAAUGAG